AUGGUCAAAAUCGGGUACUCUGCGAAUACAAAUGUGUUCUUCGACAUCAAUGGCAAAGAGGUAGAAACCAGAAUCGCGAAACUGAAGGCAGAGGGCUACCGACCAACUUCCCUAAGCAUUCAUGGCACGCCUGCCGAUGCAAAAUACGCUGGCAUCUGGACAAAGCAAGGUGGCAGUCCAUACGAGACUAUUGUAGGUGCCAAUAAAACCACUUAUGAUGCUUGGCUCGAACAAUGGAGAGCUAGUGGCUACGUUUCGACGCAAGUCUCUGCCACCGGACCCGCCUCCAAUGCUGUAUUUGCAGGUGUGAUGGAGCAAAUACCCUCGGUUGGCAACUGGACUCAACUAUGUGGCCUGGGCAGCCCUUAUGCGUACUUGAAUGCGACACAGGAUGUCGAGAUGGUGAUUAAGGGCGUGAGCUUGUACGGCACCUCAACCGAACGCCAAUACUGUAUCCUCGGACACGAGAAUAAAGACAACCACCAACAGACCGUGUGGUACCCGACGUCCCCUUCGCAGGAUUACAAAUCCGUAGUAGCUGAUGAGACUACAAAAAGAUUCUGGAGACCAGUCUUCAUUGAUAGCUCGGAAGACAAGCUCCUUUCAUCUAUCUUUGACGAUACAAGUGUUGGAAAAUGGACCGUCCGCACCGACCUCACCGCAUCGCAAUUGCAAUCAGAGAUUAUCGUGCAAAGGGCGAAUGGAAUGUAUCCUAUUCACAUAUCCGGUGCAGGAUCCGUAGGGAUACAAUACGUUGUGAUCUUUGCAGAGCGAAUAACCCCUCUGGAACGCAAUUGGCACGCUGUAGGCGAUAUUACUGGAUUCCCGGACAAUGCUGGAGUGGAGAGAGAUUUGGAUGGAAUCAUGCAAAAGUUCAUGAAGCGUAGCAGUGUCCGACAAGCCCAAGUCUCCGCCUCAAUCAACGGAACUGUCGUCGCUUCGCGCGCCUACACAUGGGCCGAGAGCGACCGGGCAAUUGUCGAACCAUCCGACAAAUUCCUUCUCGGGAGUGUUUCCAAAGCAUUCACCUACGCGGCAGUAGACCACCUCGUCUCCACCGGCAUAGUCAACCUUACAGACAAAAUCUACCCGCUCCUUGGCUACACGAAGCCUGCAGACCCUCGCUCGCUAAACAUUACCAUACAACAACUGCUCGACCAUACGGGUGGAUUCGACCGUGGAGUAUCACCCGACAUUGGCUUCAUCUUCACGACCGUCGCGCAAUCGCUUAACCAAUCUACUCCCGCUACACUACGCCAGCUCAUUGAGUAUGUCGCUGCCAGACCGCUCGACUUCGAACCCGGUACGAAAAGCGUGUACUCAAACUAUGGAACCCUGAUCCUCGGUUACCUAAUUGCCAACAAAACCGGCGAGACAUAUAUGUCCUACCUUGAGAAAAACGUCCUCAAAGGUCUCGACGUGGAAAUGUACACCACAGCCGCGGAAGACCACGUCAACGAUCGCAUUGUUCAGGAAACAAAGACUACCAGCAUUUCCGCUUUGACGCCGCUGUCAAACAAGAGAGCACCUGGUGUCCAUGGCGGAGACGGUGCAGUCAAGGAAGCGGCAGUCUCGUCGUUUGCGCUAAAGGCUUCGGCGAGUACGGUAUCGCAGUUCAUUGGCAACCAUGCGGCGUACGGACUUGGUCCCCGACAGAUAUUUGAGUACCGUGAUGGAACGGUCGCGGGUGCGCGCGCAUUGGGGUAUAGCAUGGCCAAACUGGAUUGGGCGAUAACCUUGAAUACGAGGGAGUAUCUGGAUGAACAGGCAUGGAAUACGUUGGUAUUUGACGAUUUGUAUUCGCUUUGGGGUAGCCUCGAUUCGGCGCUUCCCUCAUGAGAGGGUUGAGCGAUCUUGCUUUUGUAAUGUGAAUCACCAGUGCGCUUUUGUACUAUUGGUCUUUUUCAUUGUAAAUUCUUUUAGACUACUUAUACUAAUUCACAUCACAAAGAAUCCACAUUCUUUCUUGAU